AAGACCAGGACCUGGAAGACAUGGAUCUUGGACAAAGAAUUUCACAGGUGCUUCUGCUGACGACAGCCAUGGCGCUCUGCUUUCGAGUGACAACUGCGCAAGUCAUCGCUCUCAUCCCUGCUGUACUGCCCCCCACACCCAUGACACUUCACAGCGUUCCAGUGUUUGCCACUCACGCUAAACCGGUCUCACGCCCUCUGCAAAUUCGAGGAUCAGUCUUGGCACAAGAACCCGAUGGUACAGAAGUUCUUAUUGGACCGCUCGACGGUGGAUCCAUUGUUGCAGCACAAAUCAAUGUUCACAGUCCACUUCAAUUAGUUGUACACCAGCCUGUUCCAUACGCUAGCGCCACCGGAAAUCCUAUGGCUGUUCCACUGAAACUACUGUUUACUCGUUUCCCGCCGUUCAUCGAAGCUAUCGUUCAGAGAAUUCAGAACUACUUUUCUACCUAUAAUCACGUAGGCAAUGAGAAUUAUCAAAUCUCAACACCGGAAAAUGAUCCAUUACCAACAACAACGACGCCCACAACACCCGCGUCAACGUUUAUAGCAACGACGGCGACAACACCAGUGUCAGCGUCUACAACAACGACGCCCACAACACCCGCGUCAACGUCUAUAGCAACGACGGCGACAACACCAGUGUCAGCGUCUACAGGGACUGAGACAACUCUCCAGCCCGUUCCAACCAAUGUUGGCUCGCAGACAGAAAAUAACCCUCAUGACGAACACAAUUCAUCAUUCCCAUCGUUUAGUGUACAAGAGGGAACUUAUCGGCAUAGGUACGAUCCACCAGCAUCCAGCCCUUUCAAAUAUCCAUACCCCAAAACAGGUUUCCACAGGUUUACAGGGAAAGAAUUUCCUUCUCCGGAAAUGUGA